AGCCAGUCAAAAGCUUUGGAACAUAUAACAUCUCUUUCUCAUCCAUAUUUCAAAAAACACAAAUUUUCAUUUUGCGUCUCUUACUCACUGGAACUGAUCGAUCGUAGUGAGACUACUAAAUGCCAACAGAAUUUCGUUAGUACUUCUGUUACCAAAUCUGCCAACAGAAUUCUGUUACUAAAUGUACCAACCACAUUUUGUUGAGAAACCGUUGCUAAUAAUACUAACCAAAUAUUUGGUUGGCAUGCUCGUUGUAACAUUGUUGUCGAAAAAAUUUAAAAUCUGUUAUUAAUUUGUCAGUAGUCCGUUGGUAAAUUUAACAACGAAUGUGUUCCGUUAGCAUGAACUUCCCGACGGGCUAUAUGCCAACCCUCUGUUUUCAUUAUCAUUCCGUUGGCAAGGUGAUUUACCAACGGAAAUCCCUAUUCUGCCAGCGGAAUAUCCGUCGUUAUAUAUGAAUUUUCUUGUAGUGUUUGUUAAUAUUUGGUUGAAAGAAUCAAGUUCCAGGCGUAGUCCACUUUGAUUUUUCAAAUUGCAACAAAUGUCACUAGGUGCGGGUUCCAAGCCGGAAGCUACCCGUAUUGAAUACAUAAUAAAAUGAGCUCCACAUUUUAUUUGUUUUGUUUAUGUUUUUCUUACUUAAAGUUUUAUUUUUGGAGGGGAUUGUUAGAUAUUUAGCUAUUAAUAUCUAAUAUUGUGAAAAAAUAAAAUUUGAAUAUUUUAGAUAUAUAUUAAAAGAUUUGGUCAAAGAUAUGUUUUGAAGUACAUAUAUUUUCCUCCCGUUAAAAUACCAGUUACAUUCUCAUGCUUUAAUUCAUAAUCAACCUAAUAAUAUCCCCAUAAAGCUAUGUAUCAGGUAUAAGUUUACAACCUAUAUAAAGAGAGUUUUGGAAAAUCUAAUAAUAUCCCCAUAAAGCUAUGUAUCAGGUAUAAGUUUACAACCUAUACAAAGAGAGUUUUGGAAAAGUAGCAGAACAACAAAAAGAAAAACAAUCUCUCGACUCCUCUGCUUCCAUUCUCCUCUGUUUCAAAGCUCUUCUAGUCUGCAUAUAUCGGAAAACACAAACCUCUGUUUUUAUCUAGAGAAGCAUAUAGUUUAAAAGCAUAAUACUAUUUAUAUACAAUACUUUGGCUGUUAUUUGGUGCAUUGGAAAAUCAUUGUUGAUGUCCUUUAUCUUUCGUGCACUGCUAAAGGAUAACUAUUUGGGUGUUGUACCGCUAAAGAGUUGCCACAAAACCUUGCACGAGAAGGGGCACGAUUCCUUAGGGCAGUGUUUUCACACGCCUCACCAGGCCACUCUCUAAAACCUUCUUAAUUUAGUUGAUCAUAUACAUAUUCACUUGUGUUUGUUUUGUUAUAUUAGUUGUUGAAUUACUGGUAAAGAUAAUUUGUUUGUUUGCUUGUCUUUUUUAUAUGCACCCCUGCUAUUUGUUUUUGAUAUUUUGAGAAGCAAAGUCUAGUGUGCUUUGAAUCCUGUUUCUGUGCAAUAUUAUGACCUGAUUGUUUAAUAGUCUGGUACUAGUAAGAAACACCUAAGAUCUCACAUAGCUAGCUUAUAUAACAGAUUACACAAACCAAAAACGCCUUUCUCUAUUUCGAGGAAGUAGGUAUUAAGAAGUUUGGCAAAAGAAACACACCACAGAGAUAAAAAGCAAGGAACUGCAUCCAUCAAGUUGAAGGCCAGGAACAAGGGUUAAAUAUCAAAGUGGUCACUGAAGUGGAGGUCAUAUAUCACUUUGCUCACUAAUCUUAUCGGGGUCUCAUUUUAAUCAUUAAAGUCACAAUAAAUAUCAAUCAAGUACCUCAAAAUUUUAGUUGAAGUAGUAAAAAUAUUAUUUAUAGAGUUUGACACAUUAUUUUUGAAUACUACCACAACCAAGUAAAAGGUUAUGACUUCUACUAUUUAUGAUAAUAUAUUUAGAUUUUUUAAAUUUUAUUUACUAUUUAUUUUUUAUUAUAUUAAUACAUUUUUUUGUUUUAAUUACAAAUAAAUACUAAAUUAAAUUGACAAAAUCUGAAUAUAUUGUCAUAAAUGCUAGAAGUCAUAACCUUCUAAUUGGUUGUGGUAGUAUUAAAAAAUAAUGUGUCAAACUCUUUAAAUAAUAUUUUUACUCCUUGAACUAAAAUUUGGAGGUACUUGAUUGAUAUUUAUUGUGACUUUAAUGAUUGAAAUGAGACUCCGAUAAUAUUAGUGAGCAAAGUGAUAUAUGGCCUCCACUUCAGUGACCACUUUGAUAUUUAACAACAAUUCCUCUGUUAUUACUACUCGAGUCAUCAUAUUAAAUUGCCAUGAAUAAAUUCGUAUAUCUAAAAUAAAUAUCAUUUAGCAAAAACCAAAUAAUAUAUAUACUAAACACAUAUAUUACAGAUUUGAUUAGAGAGGCCUUUUUUAUUAUUAUUAUUAUACAACACACAACUAAGCCAAAACACUAUUAUACUUUAAAUGAUUUGGUCAGCCACGAAAUGAGAUAGAGCAGAACAUGAGCCUUCUGCGGUUUUGCUUGUUUAUUUUUUAAAUUAGGUAAAAUGUAUUAUGGCUGACUAUUAGUUUAAUCCCUCCUAAAUACUACUGCCGUAUGCUUAAUUUGACAAAAUUUUGAAGUAGUCGUUUUGAUUUAUAUUUAACUACAAGAUUAACCAAAAUACGCUAGUGACUUUAACCUCAAGACUUAGUUUGAGACUGCCACCGAAACUUUCAAACCUCAAACUGGUAUGUGUGACACAUUCAUGCAGGAAACUGUGAACUUUACAACAUCCAAACUGUUUUGCGGCAUAAGUAUUAGAAUUAAUAAACUUAAACUUUCUAGUGAACUCCUACAACAUUACUAAUAUUCAUCAAAAUAUGGCCACUGAUUUAUAUUACGGUAUAAUUCAAUACAAUAAAUUCCAAUUGUCUAAUAAUUAUCCUUGCAAGUAUCAAUCUUCCAAUAAACCAGUUCCAAUUGUCUACACAAGACUUGUUCCAGGAACAUAGUGGGCAUUGUCUUAAGCAGCUCUUUAUAAGUGAAGUUCUACAACUCAGAUGAAUCUUUCCUGUUCACGAAAAUGAAAUUGAUUCUCUUAAAGAAUUUCCCAAGUCCUAGGUCUGACAUAUGGAUAUGUUCAUACUCCCUCCAUCCCACCAGAUUCUUUACGGUUUCCUUUUUAAGCCAUCCCACUCAUUUCUUUACAUUACAAAAGUUUCCUAAAAUAGUUAAUGGGUCCCACCAUUUUCCCACUUUUUCUUCCUUUUUGCACUACUUUUACCCCACUAUCUCUCUUUUAUAUAUUAAAAAUCAAUGGGUCCCACUACUUCACCUACUUUUCUUUCUCUUUUUCACUAUUUUAUGCAUAUUUCUUAACCUCCGUGCCCAAACUCAAUGUAAAGAAUUGAGAGGGACGGAGGGAAUAUUUCAUUACAGCAGAAAUGAAUCAAAUUCAACAGAUCUGUAUUUUAUACAUAAUAUACCAACGUAUCUUUGAUUUUUUAUGUUGUAUUUGAAAUAAGAACCAGAGAUUAGAGAUUGGUAAAAUUUAUCGGUCACGGCUAAAUCCUUAUCACAUCUCCAAAAGGAAUAAAAAAGAAUGAAAAUCAUCAACUGGGACUAAUGAGAGCCAAAUUUGAAGGAGUCGGAUAUUUGGAGAAAUAGUAUUGCAGAACUUUAAUCACUAAUAACUACAACAUAAAAUAUAAUUCAUUAAUUUUAGCAGCACACUAAGGUAAGAGAUUCAAAAAGACAUAAGAUUAAAAGCAAGGAGGAUAACAAUAGAGGAUAAUAUUUGAUAAAAGACACGCCUGAGCAGAAAUCAUAGCUUCACCACUCACCAUGUAAACCUGUUCCUCUCUUAGGAAAAAGAUAUAAACAAAACACUUUUUAUUAAUAAAUGCUGGGACAUCUGAAUGCACAAACUCGAUAUAGGAAGCACAUGCCAGAGUUUAAGGUUCCAAAACCUAUAUCUUGGCAACGCACAGCACUAAAACACAAUCAACAUAUGUGUAUUAGAGACUCUAAAUUUGUGCCUUGAACUCACUACAAUAACACUAUAUACAAAUACGUAAUAAGAUACAUAAAUAUAUCUUCGAGUUUGAAACUGUAAUCAAAGAUUAGAACUAGGGAUCAGAGAUUGGUAAAAGGUAUCUAGUCAAGAUUGAAUAAGAAGAUCGGACCAAAUUAGUUACUUACACGUCUCUCAAUGAUUUCAACAAGUACAUUAUAAAAAUAAUCACCGACAGAAACUAGUAAGGAAAUUUAAUGAUAAAAAAAGGUUAAAGAUUAUCAGAGACUUAAAUACGAAAGUAAUCACAACUGAAUAUAUAUCUCACUGUCAUUUUGUUGCAGUUUUUUUCUCAUCAUUUGAUCCACAUUUGAUAUUAUAUAUAUAAAAAUCUAAAUAGAAAGCAGUGAUGAUGGGUGAAAAUACACAUAUCCUAUAGAGUGGAGUAACUAGUCAGGCAAAAAGGGAGAUAAAAUGUAACAGAACUGGGUUAUUUGAUACCACCAAAUAACGAAAAAAUUUAAUUUUAAUUCAAUAAAUUAUAUAUAUAAAAAUCUAAAUAGAAAGCAGUGAUGAUGGGUGAAAAUACACAUAUCCUAUAGAGUGGAGUAACUAGUCAGGCAAAAAGGGAGAUAAAAUGUAACAGAACUGGGUUAUUUGAUACCACCAAAUAACGAAAAAAUUUAAUUUUAAUUCAAUAAAAAUAUGAAACAUGUAAAUAUUUCAAUAAUUUUAGUUGCACAUUGUAUUAGGUAAAAAAUAUCAAAAAACAUAGAAAUUGUUACAUGUCGACAUAAAUUUAGUAUUAUUGUUUAGAAAUACACAUCUAAGCAGCAAUCUUCGCUUCAAUAGAUGAUGUUGUGAGAGGAAUUGAUACAACACCCCCAGAAAGUAUAGCACAAUUAUAGGGAUAUUCGUUACAACUUCGUAAAAUACGGCUAGCUUUUAGGGGCUACUGUUAACAUAAAUUAAAGAAAAACAAAUGUGUUUAAGGGCUGAGCUCGCAAAAGACCAAGCAACGAGGCCGGAACUAUGGAAUUCCGUCCUGCAAUUGCCCGGAAAUGUACGUCACAAAGGUUACACAUGCCUCUCUUUAGAGUGUAGAACUUGUGAGUAAUGAAUCCGAAUCCGUCCCUUUGCAAGGUGCCUACAUACCCUAUUGAUAGGGAUCAAGCCCAUGUAGUUCUCGAUUUAGGACUCUGAAGAGAUAAGCUCUUAUCCCCUCUAGUUUAGGAUAAAACAACUUCCGCUUGUAGUUAUCUAGCGGCAUCCCACUCCAAGUAGGUCACUUGAAGCCUUCAUCUUGCAUGAUUAUCCGAAUAUAUAUGAAUUAUCUCCACCCAUUUGUAAUUAUAUAUCUCCAUAAUGCACGUAUUUAUCCCUUAAUUUGUAGAUAAAUGAUAGCUGAUAUACUCCCAAUUUGCUUCCAACUCGUCCUCCUAGAAACGAGGAAGAAGAGUCCUGCUUGGAGUCUGCCUGCCGUUCUGCCCAGGCGGCGGAAGCCCUGCCAGCGGCAUCCCCUAACUGCAGCCCUACAGCUGUAAGCCAGGAUGUACUUAGUGGUAAUCCCUAAAGCGCUCUCAGGUGCAACCCCAUCCUGAUGGCAGCCUCCAUUAAGCCUCUAGUGCAAGUCCAUAUACCCUUGUGUAUGUCUUCCAUGGCUCACCCAGCCAUGGUGAAACCCAAUAUCAUUUACCAAAUAACUCCAGUAGAUCCAAAUAAAGCCCAAAUAAUAUGAUGGGCUAUAAAAUAAGCCUACGGAGAUUUUAGGGCACAACAACUACCCCCGGUUCCUUGAAGUAUUAAAUACGAGAGGAACCUAAGAACGGUAACCCUCAACUUUCCAGCUGCAAGCCCUCGAAUCAUGUUAGGGGUUAAUCGUAAAUUAUUUCUAAGCUUACGUGGGCGUAGCCCGGUGUAAGAAACAAGAAAUAAUUCAGAUAUACCUCAUACAUAAUUACAAAACCAAUUAUAUUAAUUUAAUGCAACCACCAUAAGCCUUGAAUAUUUGUUCCCAAAAAUAAUCAAAAUUGUUUCCAAAAAUUGUGUUUAAGCUUCCGCAAUUUCAGCUCCACCCUUUCAGUUUCCCGCGUGUGUCACAACAUUUUUUAGAUAAGGCCGAUCCCAAAUAUUUCGGGGCUUAAUUUAAAUUCAAAUUGAUUUAAAUUGUAACAAUAAACCCCUAAAUUGGUGGUGCAGUCGUAGAGGCCUAUCACGCCUCUACCUCUUCAGCCACCCACCUGGGCCUCGGGAACCCCUGGCUCAUCAAAGCUACCUCCACGCCAAGCCAGUCACGGCACGCCACCUGGCGUGGUUGUUCCCCACUUCCUACCGCUAUAUAUACACAUACAUACAGCCUUGUUCCACUUUUCUUUAACUCCAAACUCUUCACUCUCCCACUUUUUAUACUAGAAGCAUCCCAGGCGCAGAACACUUCAUUUUUCCGGUGUUCCAUUUCGACUCCUUCUCCGUCUUCGCUUUCCGACCAAAGAUAUGGCUUCCAACAUCCCCAAAUUUGUUAAGCGCACCACUAAGUACGAGGACCUCUACGGGGAGGCCUCCGGCUCCCAAGCUCCUAUCUCCGUAAAGCUAGUAUCCCAGCUGCCUACUCCCUCCUUGGAGCAAAAGAAGGCCUCCUCUGGAGGCCGCAAGAGGGACCCCUCCAAAGCUACGGUGACGGGGUCCUCAGCUGAAGGCCGCUCCAGCAAGAAGCCCAGGGUGGCCCUGACACGUAGCUCCCCUGCCUCCUCCUCAACUCAGAAGACCCAGCUCUUCCAGAGGAUGCUCGGAGACCAGAUCCCGGAGGCCACUAUUCGGGAGUGGGACAGGCUCUCCAUGACAGAGGCCACCCGUGACAAGGUGGUGGCCAAUUCCAAGAGCUUGUUCCUCGACCUAAAAAUGGGGGAGCAUGUUGCUGACACCGCCCGGGUCAACGAAGCAAUGAGGGCGGACUUAAAGCCGGCCAGGGCUGACCUGGCUUCCGCGGUUAAGGAGAGGGAUGCCUUCCAGAAGGCUAACCUCAAGUUCAAGGAGGCGGAAGCCAGGGCCCAGCAGCUGAAGGAGAAGGAGGACAUGGUGAGGAGGGGGCUGGAGGAUGAGGUUGACGGCCUGCGUAAGCAGGUUAAGGAGCUGGAGUUGCAGGUAAAGGGUCUCCAGAAUGCGGCUGCUACGGCCAAGGCGGGGAAAAAAGAGCGGGAGGCCACCAUUUUUGAGGCUGGGGUCGUCGCAGGCAUUAAGGACUGUGUCAAGUCGGCCUACAGGUUCUUCCCCGAGAAUGACUGGGCAAAAUUGGGACUUGAUGCUACGGUGGCCCUGGAGGAGGCGUAGGCCGGGGAUGAGGCUGGCCUAGAUAAGGUUCCAGCAACUUCCCAGGGUCUUGAGGGGGCUGAUACAAGGGUUGCGGCUGAAGACGAGCCGAAGCCAGCAGAGUUGAUUUCUGCGGGUCUUGUGGUGACGCCCCCGGAAGGGGUUCCGGCCGCAGCCCUAGCGAUAACCCAGGCUUCACAGGAUCCCCCUGCCGUUGACGAGAAGGACUCCUCCUCCCCUGCUGCUCCCUGAUCUCCUCUUCCUUUGUUUAAUCAACUUUUAACUACGAAUAUUUUGGCUUGGCGUUUAUCGUCACAAAAUGAAUUUUUGAUGAGGGUGCGGACUCCUCCGAAAGUCUCGCAAGCUGUUCUGAUAUUCUAAGGGACCUCCCCCUGUUGGUGUGGGGAGGAACUUUCCCUUGUAUUUAUUUUUUUAUCGCAACUGCUCUAUUUCCUUCAUUCGUCUUGUGUAACUUUGCUGUAUUUCUUUUGAUGUUGUUAUAUUUGCCGUCUGACCUUCCAUGCAGGUAAAAAGAAUGAGGGUAAGGGGUAACCCUUAUAUUAAGAACGCAGUGAGUUCAAUUUCCGGGGGUUAUGACCCCUGGGAUCUUGUUCUCCAAGUACUGCCUGCUUUGUGAAUAUAUAGGGGCACGAUCAUGCCCGAUCUCCAAUAGCGUAAAGAGUCUUUAAAUUCCCCCAAGUAAUAUGUAGCUUAAUGGAUUUCAGCUUGGCUUUAACUUGGGCUGCUAGUGAAGAAGACCAUCUUAAGACUUAGAGGGGUUUACCCCCCCGAGUGAACUUGGGAAUAACUUGCUUAAGACCUUGUAAGCCCCAGUUUGUAUGUGAGCUUAUCAAUGAUGCCUUACGCAUAAGCCCCAAGCGUAAAACCUGAGAGAAAGCUUUGAGCGUGAGCCUUAAGGGUAAUCCUCACUCGUAAGCCUUGAAGUAGUCCUCAAGUGUAAGCCUUGAGGUACUUCCAUAAAUAUAAUCCUUGAUGUAAUUCCACAAAGUAAGCCUUGAUGUAAUUACCCAAAGUAAGCCUUGAAGUUUCGAGAAAUUUUGCACCUUGAAGGGCUUCGAUAAGCCCCAACCUUGAAAGCCUUGAUAGGCCCUAAACCUUGAAGGGCUUUGAUAAGCCCUACUUCCAAUAAAUGCAGC